AUCAUUCACAAUAAACGUUGCAUAUUACACUUGUUUAUUUUGGAUUUUCUCUUGUUUCAAUAUUUGGUUUGCAUUAACCACAUAUUUAUUUAGCUUAGGUUAUUAUGUCUGGUUUUGUAAAGGGGGUUUGUGAAGACCUCUGUCCUGCGAAUGAGGCGAAAUUGCGAAUAAAAGAAAAAUUAUUGCACUAUUUUGAGUACAAAAACGGCCAGAAACAUGUUUCAGGGAAGUUGGUUAAAUGCUUUUCCAGAUCUGCUGCUGACAAGAAAAUCCCAAGGCCUCAAGAUAUGAGGACUGAGGCUUGUUUACAAAGAUGUGUUGAAUACCUGUUGAAAGACAUAGUUUUAGAUACUCGAAAACCAUUCAACAUUGUAUAUGAUUUUAUUUUUGAUCGUUUACGGUCAGUGAGACAAGAAAUAGUCAUGCAAGACUACAACGCUGGCCAAACUAUUAAGCUGAUGGAACCCAUGAUUAUGUUCCUGUGUUAUAGCCGCUAUAGACUAUGCGAGGAAGCAAUAGAUAACUUCGAUCCAAAAAUAUGCGAACAACAUUUGCAAGAAUGUCUCAAACGGGCUCUGGUAUGUUAUGACGAAAUCGAUAUAAAGAAAAUGAACCUGCUGGAGAUACGCAGAAGAAUAUUUGUUGAAUCACUGUACCAAAUGUUUAAUUUGGGCUCCCCUGAGGCUAUGAAACGUUGUUUUACCUUAGAUGAUGAUAUAAAAUUAGAUCCCCUAUUUGCGUUGGUAUUUAAAAUAUGUCUAAGCUACUCUCAAGGAAAUUAUUAUCGAGUCUUUAAUGGUAUACAGAGUCUUCCUCAUAUUUUAUGUGCAAUUGGAUCUUUAAAACUGCCAAUUCUAAGAAGAAAAUUAUAUCAAUUGUUUUCUCAUGCCUACAGCAGUAAGCAGUUAUUGGUUCCAGUGGACUUCGUAUUACGCCUUUGUGCACAUGCAAGUAAAUAUGAAUUAUUUGAAGAUUGUAAAUAUUACAAUAUAAAAUUGAGCGAAGAUCAACAAAGUUUGCAUUUUCAAAAGUCUGAUUUUAAGAAUGAUUUACCGGUUUUAAAAUGCAAACAGGAAAAGUUUGUUAAUGUUAAAAUAAAAAAUAUUUAUUUGCCAGAAAUAUUAUUACUAAAAAGAAUUUAAAUCAUUAGUUAUAUUGUUAUUAACUAUUGAAAAUUAUGCGAUUACUAUAGUAGAAAGAAUAUCAAAACUAAAUAAAUUUACAAUUAUUUAAAAGUA